GUCACGUGGGAAACCGGUUUGGCCAACGGGCGGCUGCGGCGCCCGCUCCCGGUUGCGCGGUCGGUGAUUCUCCCCGCCCCUCCACCGGUACCCAUUGCCAGUUCCCGCCGGUUGUUGUUGUGGGUGUUUUGCAGCCGGCGGUGCCCACCGCGUCGGUGCCAGGGCGAGCUGGCCCCGUACAGUAGAGCAUGCGCAGUGUGUUCGCUAUCUGGAAUUGUAUGUCCCUCUCCACAGCAGCAAAUUGCGGAGCUUAAGUAGUUCGACGAGGCAGAGAAAGUUAAUGAGAAGUAUUCGCACCAGGCUGUUGCAGAGUGAGGUGAGAGUGCCAGGGUUUAACUGACAGUGCCCAUUGCAGGAUGGAAGGAAAGCCCAGUGACAUCCCUGUGGAGGCACCUGCUUCCGAGGGUGGUGAGGGCGUGCGGAGCAGCAGACGUGACCUGGAGGGCCUGUUGUCCUGCGCGCUGUGCGGGAAGGUGUUUGCCUACCAGUCCUUGCUGCGCCGGCACCUGCAAGCCCACACUGAGAACCGGCCCUUCAGCUGCGAGGUCUGCAGCAAGACCUACAAGAGCGACCAAGACCUCUCGCAGCACCGGCGGAUCCACACCAGGGAGAGGAGCGCCAGGUGCCCCGAGUGCGGCAAGGCCUUCGUCCGCUUCUCGCACUUGGAGGCGCACCUGCGCACCCACACCGGCGAGCGGCCCUUCUCCUGCCCCGACUGCGGCAAGGCCUUCCAGCAGUCCUCGAACCUGCAGAGGCACCAACGCACCCACACCCGCGAGCGACCGUUCUCCUGCCCCGACUGCGGCAAGGCCUUCCACCAGUCCUCGAACCUGCAGAGGCACCGGCGCAAACACAGCUGCCAGCAGCCCUUCUCCUGCCCCGACUGCGGCAAGGCCUUUGGCCGCUACUCGCACCUACAGGGGCACCGGUGCGCCCACACCUGCGAGCGGCCCUUCUCCUGCCCCGACUGUGGCAAGGCCUUCGUCCAGUCUGCCCACCUCGUGGAGCACCGGAGAGUUCACACCGGGGAGAAGCCCUUCGUCUGCCCGGUCUGUGGGAAGUGCUUCGCCCGGUCGUCACAGCUCCACGUCCACCGGCGGACCCACACGGGGGAGAGGCCCUACGCCUGCCCUGACUGCGGGAAGAGGUUCAGCACGACUUCAAUCUUGCUGAAACACCGGCAGGUCCACAGCGAGGAGCGGCCCUUCCCCUGCCCCGACUGCGGCAAGGCCUUCAAGAGCCCCGUGCACCUGAAGCAGCACCACGUGAUCCACGCCGGGGAGAGACCCUUCUCCUGCACCGUCUGCGGGAGGUGCUUCACUUGGUCGUGGCAACUGCGGAACCACCGGCGGACGCACGCGGAGUAGAGAAGCUACACGUGUCCCGGCGGGGGAGGUGGGGGUGGGGACUUCACUUGGUCCUGCCAUCUCCUGCCACGGCAGUCGACUCACCCUGCCAUCCUUCCCUCGGGCACUGUCUGUAUCCAUGUGGGAGUGUGCCUGUGUGUCUGUCAGUGUGUGUGUGUGUGUGUGUGUGUGUGUGUGUGUGUGUGUGUGUGUGUGUGUCCUGUCCCCGCAGACCUGUGGGUUUCCUCCUGGUUGCUCUAGUUUUCUCCAGCAUUCCACAGAGGUAAAUCAUUCCCCCAGUGUGUCGGAUAUGUUGUGUAUUUAACAUCUCAGUAGCAUUUGAUCGAGGCCUCGUUGACCUGGUAUUGCAUCCUCGCUGUCUAGAUACGCAAAGGCUGGGCAGUACCAUAUGGAGAGUGAGCUGUUGUCCAUGUAGUAAGCUCCCCCCCCCCCACGCAUCUGAUGAAUCUAAAGGCAGAGACCGAUACAGUUUGGCACCAGCGGCGUCGCAGGAGUUGCCAGUCGGCAUUGAACUCAACGUGGGACUGCCUCAGGGACUCCAGCUCUGGAUUUUUCCCUCGGGGUUCACCCCUGAGGCCUUCCCCAUGAGUGGGUAUAACCGCAAGGCAGCAGAGGUUUGAGAUCAGAGUUUUCCUUCUCCUAGAUGAGCUGCCAACCACGACUGACGAGCCCCAUCUACCGAAGUGACUGGUGUUAGGAGCUAGUAACUCACCUUUGCUCCUUCUCCUGUCAGUAGAAACCGUUCCGCUGGGCUUGGUGGCUAAGCCACACGUGAAGGCCGGGAGCUGGACUAUUUGAGGUGGACGCCAUUGGGAGUAUUUGAUAGGUGGUGGGAUAUUUGCUUGAUUAAGAAUUCUCUGUUUAAAUAAUUCAUUACGGUUCCUAUGUGAAAGUAAGUGAAUUGGAUACAUCAUGUUGCUGCCAAGUGACACCUGUGCCCUCACUUAAAGUAAAAUGUGACUUUAG